CUCGGUCCGCGACUUUGGCCCAGAGACACGAAAGUUGCUGCUGCCGGUGCUCGCCGCUCGAACCAGAACCGAGAACAAGAAUCGUCUGCGGACCCUAGUCUGACUAACACCCUAAACGGCAGGUACGUCGCGAUGGAAUAAAAGGGCCGCGGCGUAGGACGAUCGUAAAACCAAGAGUAUUCGGCUGGAGCGAGAGACCCUUGGGCCCUGGCCGGGGUCAGGUAGCGCCGGGAUGAAGUGAAGCGAGAGAUCGGUCGCUGGAACCAAGGACUGAGAUUCGACUCGAAGAGAUGCCGAAGAGAGACUCUGCGAGGAACUGAAGCUAUCAGUAUCGAGAUCUAACUCGAGAGAACCUGAAGACAUGCUACCAAGAGUAUCCGAGGAACCAUCGAGUGCGACCACCUCGAAGGACGAAUAGAACGGGAUAAGAAUUAAGAAGAUCAGCGAAGGGUGAUCUAGAAUUGCACGUCGAUGCAUCGAGGGAGUAGCUGAAGAGAGGCUGCCGAGGACGGAAUGAAGUGAACAGGGGACUGGCGCAGCGAAGGGAAACGUCGACAGUAGGAAGAAGGAUAAGAUUGCGGAAGAUAGAGGAUCGAAACUGAUUAGAAGAGGAGAACAGGGAGUCGGUGCUAGGGGGACGCGGAGAAAGGAGCUAAAUGCCAGAUAAAAGGACGGCAGAGGAGGAAGAGGUCUAGGGCAGAGGGUGGGAGGAAGCGCGAGGGAAGAGGAAUGGGUGCCGGGAUGGGCAGGAGCGGGACGAGCGGCGGGUUCCUCGAGGCGCUUCCUACGGGAACGCCGCUCCACGUGGCCAUGCUCGGCCUGGACAGCGCCGGGAAGACCACCGCUUUGUAUCGCCUCAAGUUCGACCAAUACCUGAACACCGUGCCCACCAUAGGAUUCAACUGCGAGAGAAUUCGCGGUGGCAUCGGCAAGGCGAAAGGUAAAUCUUUCUUCAUUCUAUCUUGGCUAGUUUCUCUAGUUGAUCCGUUGCUUCCGGGGGUUGGACUGUUCAGAAUCGAUCGGAAGCUGUGCCUGAAAUUCUGUCCGAAACAUAUCGACAGAAUGAUUAGAGUGUAA